AGCAGCUGGGGGAGGAAAGGGAGGGGUCGGAAAUCGAGAGCGUGUGCUGCAUGACUCACGAGUGCUGCUGGGCGAAAAGUAUAACUACAUACUGUAUUUCACAGACGCAGUUUUAGACGCGAGAACAGAGUCACACGGAGUUUAAAUUUCAAACUUGAGUUAGCAGUGUGUGUUAGUUUUCUCCACCUCUGUUUGUCAGCUCGGGGAAAAGUUGUUUGUCCAGGUUUUUCAGAGACGCUCCGCUGCGCCCAGGUCGGCAGUGAGUUCAACAGCAACCAUGAACGGUUCAGAUACGAUGCAUUUACCAACAGACUCCACAAAUAUGACCACAGCCGUGACGGAGAAAACAACUAUGGGGCCUUUAACAUCUCUUCCCACACAAGCAGACACCACCAUGAUUCAGGUGGUAACAACAGCAGCCCCUGCAGGUCCAGACUCAGCAGUUAUUGCAGUGGUUAUUGUUCUCAUCCUGCUGACGGUGGCUGCUUUGGCCUUCCUGCUUUACCGGUAUCUCUGCCACAAUAAAGGAGACUACAGGACGACAGGGGAGCUUGCUCCAGGCGAGGACCCCGAUGAGGAGUACAGUAACCAGGCUGCCAGUGAAAAGAAGGAAUACUUCAUUUGAACGAGGUGGAUGACUUGCAGGUAGUGAGUGGAGCUUAGGAAAGAGAAGAAAUAGGACUGUAUUUGUGUGUUUUUUUUCUGUAUCUGUGGUUUGAGGGAAGGCCGCUACCUGCUGCACACUGUUUUAGAGGAAUACCUUGUUUAAGAUUUUGCUCUAAAAACUGCACAGGUGCACAAGCAAAACCAAAGAUGCAAUUAUCACUGUCAGAGUGAAAAUUGAUGGACGUGGAGCAGGUGACAGACAGCAGUUGUGUGCAGAUUAGCAGAGAUCAGCGUGAAACAGGUGGUGGGAUUUUAAAACGUCUACAGUCACAGUUACAUGAUCGGUUAAUACUUAGCAACUAUUAAAAUGUAAGGUUAGCUUGUAUCUUACACUAUUUAUCAGCUGUGUUUCGGUUUUUCUUCUUAGUAUUUGCAAUUUCUUGUUUCUUUCAGACAUACUGUAUUGUUCCCCCCUUGUACAAGACAUGCUCUGGUGCUAUUGAGGGCAGUUGCCUUUAUAUUGAUUUGCUUUUAAAAUAAUUUUUCUAUGCAGUUCUUUAAUAAGCUAGUCAAAAACAAUGUCCUCCUUUGAGCGCAGGACAGCAAAUUUUAUUUGCUGCAUUUGAUUUCAUUGUACCUGGCUUUUUUUUGUACAGUUCCUCUCCAGACUUUGUUACUGGUAACUUCCCUAUUUUAAAAAAUAUGGAAGGCAAUAAAACAUGUUUUUCAACUA